AUGCCUCCCGUCCCCUCCCCCGAAGUCCGCGCCACCAUCGCCGAGAAGCUCAGCGCCCUCAGCCUCGCCGUGGAGACGAGCCCCGGCUUCGACCGCUCCUCGCCCCAGGCCAGCGGCGGGCUCUUUUACAUCUGGGACUUUGUCAAGCGUACUGAAUACAUGCUUUCCGAGCUUAUUAGUGGUCCGCCUAUGAUGCGUAAUAUGAUGGGCAUGGGAGGGAAUAUUCCGCCUGAGGCUGCGGCGGCGAGUAAGGCUGUUUUGGAGGCGUUUCCUGAGAAUUAG